AGUAGUCGGAUGAUAAUAGCUGGAUGACAUUCCCACUCCGCGGCCCCUCUCGGGCUCGGAGGCGGGGUCGCUUGUUGUAUCGAGAAGAGCACGACAAGGGUCAUGUCUCCGGGUUCGAACUCCGCCAGCACGGAUCUUCUACCUCCGCCCUGAUCCUCUCCUGCCUCGCGCUGACGUUUUCUUUAUUUUCCUUCAGCCGCGGUGACGAACAGGAUGAACAGCAGGCCUCCAUUAAUAUUACAAUGAAAAAUGCCUCCACCCCGGAAUUAGUUUGCAAAAGUUUCUCAUGCAAAGUUUCCAAAUGAAAGCUUUUUCUUUUUGUCUUGCAUGAAAGGACUAUGAGCCUUUCUGAUGCAGAAUCUAGGCGCGCAAGGUAUCUUUUGCAUAACAGAUCCGGCUACUGUUGGGCUCCUUUGUAACACAGACUUGAGCUAUUCAGCAUGGGAAAUUUGUGAUGCUGAUAUACGCAAGACGGGGAAUCUUUCUAUUGGAGAGGUUUGCAAUACAGAUGCUGCCAAGUUCUGGGGUGGGGGCAUUUUUCAUUGUAAUAUCCGUCCGAGAAGAUCAAGACGCUAUCCCGGACCACCCCGCGACCCCAGGCCACAAGCCGGUCGAUAUCCUGUGCAAAAGUAUCGUAUUCGUAUAAAUGCAAGUCUUGCAUUACAAAUAUUUUUGUGAAGGUAAAUCAGCAUGACAAAUUUUAUUUCUCAUGUUGAGAAAAUUUGUAAUGCAUUGAUACGAGUACGAUACUUUAACUUUUGCAGUUCAUAGUCGACUUGGACUGGCAAGAGGUGCAGGAGACGCUUCUCGAGUACUUCCCGCUGGAUGGCACCAAACCGAAAAAGUUCCUUUCUGGGGGAGGAGAGGAUGACGAGGAGGAGGAGGAUGACGCUGAUUUAAUGUUUGACGCACCGUCGACAAGAACCACAUCAGCCGAUGGAUCUUCACAUCAGGCGUCUACUUCCAGCACAUCCGCCAAAAAUUCCGCUGCGGGCAGCGACACCACGGAAAAUACACCACGACACCCGCCAAAGAGCAAAGACACGACGAAGUCCCUCCAGUCGCUCUACGGCCGGUCACAGUACCGCGAUUUCUACAUUUGGUACCAGCAACAACCGCACCUCUUCGUCUCGUACCAGACGCAUUCGAACCCGCUCGCGGUGCUGGCCCUGCAGGCCUUCAUCAUGUACACCUCGAACGACUCGGAGCGGUGCAUCCAGAUCCGCGAGCACUCGGCUAUGGUGGACCUGAUUUCCAUUCCCUUCGCGCACGUGGUCCGGAACAGCAAGUGGCCGAUUUUCGGCAUGCUGCACGAGAUUCAGCAGCAGUUGAGGUCCACGUCCGGCUUCCCGCUCUACAACUUUUGCGAUUCCCUGGAUGCGGACUUCUCCGACAAAUUCCUGCACCAGCUGAAUGUGUUUCUAGCGGAAUCUGGCCGGGAAACCCCCGUGAUUGGUUUGGAGACGUGGAGCAACGCGAAGCGGCACGAAGAAGAAGAGAAGGAAGCCAGGAAAGGCUCUGGCCCUCUUGCAGCUCCUGCUUUCACGGGGGCAAGUAAGGACGAUGAAAAUGUGGACCUUCAUGCGAAAGAACGUAAGGCCUCCUUGACCAAAUUGGGGAAAAUGUUACAAGCUCUGAAAAACCGGCUGGCACACUAUCGCAAAAGGCUUAGAGAUGAACCAGGAACAACGUCGACAAGCGCAAAGCCAACCUCUAGAAGCGUAGAAAGAGCAGUAGACGAGCAACCUGCACGCACAACUACGGAAGUAGAGCUACAUCAAGAACUUGUGGAGAGCAUAACGGCAAAUUUGAGGUUACUCGAAAACAUCCAUAACCACAGCUUUCUCCUGCAUCCCAAGAAACCCUACGUAUCUCCGAAGCUGCGGCUCUCGAAGCUGGCAAUUUUUCGUUACAUGGCCAAUUCCAUCGAACCGCCGGGAAUCAAUCAGAACGCAGCUGCUGAAGCGGAUGGAGAUGCUGCAGCAGACUCCUCGAGGAGUGGUAGCACGAACAGCAACAACGCGGCUCUAUUUUGGGAGAAGAAUUGGUGGCACCUGGGGAAUAUGCAAUGCAAAAGCAUCGUACUAGUAUAAAUUGCAUUACAAAUUAGCCCAGCAUUACAAAUUCAAUUUGUAAUGCUGAUUUACCUUGAGAAAAAGAUUUGUAAUGCAUAAAUGCAAUUACUACGAGUGCGAUACUUUUGCACAGGAUAGGGAAGUGCCCGUUUGGGAAGGCGAGCGCGGCUUUUGCGUUGGCCCUAGCGGCGGAGUCGAUCGAGGAACUCGAGGAGCUGUUGCAGGAGGGACAGAAGCAUCUCAUGAACUACAAUCUGAAGGACAGUUUGUACGAUCUGAUCUCCACUAUGGCAUUGUUCUCAAGCGGGGUUACAUUGACUGCUGCUACGUGUUGAUUUGUCAUCCACACAAACCACUAUCGAUCUCCACACGACGAUCGAGCGACUUCGCACGAAAACUUUGCGAAGCGCUAGAAAUAAAUAGCCUGGAACUACUGCGCGCCAAAUUUGUAAUUUUGCAAGACGCGCAUGCGCAAGAAAAACCUCCCCGCUUUGGCAUGUGCCAUGCUUGCGUCGCAAAAUCAUGUAUACACAAAACAAUGCAACCAACGCUUGAGUAGAACCCCAUAUCUACCAAGUGGCCCGUCUGGAAGCUGCUGCACCUAAUCCAAAAAAGGGUCUGGACCGCACGGAAAAUAGAAGGAAUACGGAAAGACAUCGCGAACGACUUCAGAAAGCUAGAUGCGGCGUUGGACGAAAAAAACUCGGCAGCUAGAAGUAGAGACGGCAGAAGAAACCACGAGCACCCCGCAGAUUCAAGAGAUUCUCGCGCAAGCGCCUCUGCCUCUGACCUUGGAGAGCAGGAGGACGUGCAUCAGGUCGUCACCUCUUUCGCGCUGACCCUGCGGCCGGCUUUGACCCGCGCCGACCACCCGGAAUCUGUGUUCCACGAGGCGCCAAUUAGCCCCUAUUUUCCGUACUUCAAAGGCUGGGGCGAGCCGCGGGAUCUGACGAUCGUCGUGGUGUUUUUCCCGACCUUGGACAAAAGCGGACAAGAAGUAGAGCUGCGAAAGGCCCAGGUGCUGGCGGAUAAAAUCCGGCAGUACCACGUACGGACGGUGCUCAUGUCGAUCAGCUUUGGCAGUACGAAAAACAUUGGUUCAUCCACCUCGUCAAGAAGUACAGCCUCAGGUUCGAAGAGUCCUCCCUAUCAGAUCGAGUUCAUUUCAGAAGCCGACAGCGAUUUUUACCAGCUGGAUCGUGACUCGCCUGUUUUGUGUUUGUUCAGCGGGGCCGUCUCAAGCGAAGUGGUCGGAGGUGAAUUUCUGCAGCACAAAGGGCCGGAUACGACUACGAGGACGGCUAUUGACGCAGCAGAAGAGCAGUCUUCACACCAGCAGCGCGACGCCGUCCCAGUGGACGAUCCUCAUGAUCCCGGUUGGACGGAGGAUUUUUUGGGUAUCGCUGUUUCCACGGCGCUCCAGCAACUCUUGGAAGAGAAAAGCGUUUCUGUAGUGGGUUUCCCGAUCCUCGCGGACUACGAGACCGGGUUGAAAGCCGAAAGAGCGAAAGCGGGAACGUCAGCCGACGGCGAUAGCGAAGCUGCCGAAGCAGUUGCAAAUCAGUCAGGUUCUUACGGGGCUGCUGUAUCUCCGCCACAGCGUUACUACCUCUGGGAGCCUCGGAAGAUCCGCGACCUCCAUAACACACUGCAGUAUCUGCCCUACCCGACGGGGUACGCGAAAACCUCAGGGAAGCUGUGUUUCCAGUCGGAAGGCGGGCACUCUGCCGCACGGGUCUUUCGGUCGGGAGGGCUGUUCUUGAACACUGUGGAGAAAGCGGUGCAGCUCGUAGCGAUUACAACGGCAGACGAUGGUGUAGGUGUUGGUGACAAACACAAAAUGUUGUUGGACAGUGCUGAUCGCAACAGCGAUUCGCGCAAAUCGCGGUUACAAGCGACGGGUGCACCAUGGGCGAACCUCGCGGUCGCACUGGAUGUGGUACUGAAGAGCAGCGGCACCCCACAGCAUCUGUGCUUCAACAAACCCGCACGGGAGCGGGUCAGUUAUCUGCAGGUAGCCGACUUGCGAAUACGGGAAGCCGUGUACUACGCGAAGGAGAACCAACGGCUGGACUGCAGGGAGUAUGAGCGAGCGGCAUUGGCAGCCGUGGAGGCGGUUGUUGGGCGGGACGAGCAUGAUAUUGUGGAGGACGUUGCCGAAGUACUAGACAAAGCCCAGGACGACGAACGGCGAGUGACGCCAGGGGAAGAGCAGCACCUACUUCUGAGGACCAAGAACCGCAAGCCGCUAUCCAGCACCAAGCCCUCCUUUUGGUGUUUCCAACGGGUGCUGCAAGUUUUGCUAGGUGGAUUGACGGAAAGUGGCGGGAGGACUGCAGCAGAAAAAACGCAACACCUUCCGGGUCUCCUGGUCGGGCAUCCAGGUUACUUUCACGAGCAAAAGCAAGACCGAUUCUCAACGGGGGCUGCUCCGCCCCCCGCUGCAAACCUGGAAGGUCUGUACCUGUCCAGAAGCAUCAGCGUCUACGUCUAUCAGAGGAAAAGUAGAGGGAAAAAGUUGUCGCAACAGCCGCACGAUCAUCCCGAUAAAUCCGAGGCGCAAAGAACAACAGCGAGCACUACUAGUGCUGCCGACAAUAGGUUACAGCUCCGACUCUCGCCACACCAGUCGAUCACCGUGGUGCCGCACUCUUCUGCCAUUGUGCAGCGCCGAUUCGACGGUGCGGUGAUGGUGAAGCUGCGGUUCAAGCAGCCGAGCAGCCUGGACGAGGCGUCAACAGGGAUUCGAAAGAAGGCCGAUGACCGUCGACACGAGAAUCUCGGUUCCCGACCCGGGGAGCCCGCCGUAUUAUCGGUGCGGUGGCUCGCAGUGGACGACCAAGCGCAGAGCGGUGAUGCCCGUGGUAGAAAUGAAAUCGUGGCACGCGAGGACUCGUCGCAAAGAAUCAAGUUCCACUUCCUCGUUUGCGGCCGGACCGAUUGGCUGCACGAGGAGCUGGUUCCGAGCGGGAUAUCCGUAAGUUUCUUCGACGAGGAAAGUUGUGCUGCUGGGAUGCGGGAAUAUGCGCGUGAUCACGCGACGGACCACGAUCUCAGCGACGGUGGCAAGAAGAAUACCUACAUCGUGCUCGUCUUUUCCCGGUUCCUGUUCGACCACCGGUGGCGCUUUGCGGAAAUGGAGAGCCACGUGCGGAAGACGGUGGAGAGCCUGCAGCAGGACGGAGGACGAGAUGGCAUGGUAAAUUCGUCGGGCGCCCGCCAUGCUGGUAGAACAAACCGAACAGCGACGAGAAGUGCAACCGGCCGCAAAGGAGAUCGCGCAGCAGAAGAUCCGAACGAAGAUCCAGCGACUUCUUUUCCCAGCAGCAAAGUCGACGCGAUCUUCUAUCCGGCUGUGAAUUCAGAUGGCGAGCGAGUCGAGACCUGCCGGCAGUUGCGGGUCCAGUACUGGAAAGCCCUUUACUACACCAGCACAUUUAGCAACAGCCGCGCCCGCCGGAAGUCCUGCGCCGCCGGUUCUGCGUUUCGGGUCUACACUGCGGAGCUGUACCGUCAGCUGGCGAACAACGUUCCGGAUGCAACAAUUAUUAGUGCUGCUGGUGGAAGUGGAUCCUCUUCCUCGGCGGACACACCGACGCUCGCAUCAGAACAAGCUGGAAGCGAAUCAACUAGGAUCUUGUUGUACCUCGAUUUGCUGCUGAACGAUAUCACAACCAGGAUGUUUCCGGUAAAUGUGCAUUACGCCAGCACGCAACUGGUUCCCGAGGACGUUUUGUAUUCGGACUACCCGGUACUGGACGGAACACUGGCGGACCAGUUUCAAAUCGAGGUGAUUGCGGUGCACAAGAAUUCAGACGACGGCGAUCAACUUCUUCUACACAGCGAGGAUGAAACAGCAGGCCGCAGUACAACACAGGCAAGCGCCGCUUCUAGUACUAGCAGUAAUUAUCGUUCCCCCGCCCCGGGCACGAACAUCCGGAAAUCGCAACACUGCAUGCCCGGGCUGAAUUGGUUCCAGAUCAACACGCGCGGCGUGAUCGGGAGCUACUGCUUCCGGGAGCAGAUCGAGAACCACUUCCGCUACUUUUUGGACUGGUGGGUCCGCGAGAGGGGGAAGCAAGCCGUACCGGAGGAGGGAUCACUCCUGGCGCUGUGGCGGAACGGCGCGGUGGGACAAUUCCCCUGGGACAGCGACUUUGACUUGAAGCUCUACACGGACGAGGUCUCUUCCGCGAGUCUGAACCGGACCAAGGAGCAGUUUAACGAGUUACUGCAACAGAAAUUUUCCUACGAGCGGACCGCGCUCAACGACGCGAGCAGGACGACGCAGGCGUGGAGCUUCCUCGGUUGUGGCGACGACAACUACUUCCUGAUUCGCAUCCCCAACAUCACGCACCACAUCGGGGACGUGUACUACCAGCAUUCAAUCAAGACGGAAAAUCACCCCUGGCGGGUAUCCUGAGUAAAAACGUACCCACACCAGAGUCAGGAUGGGGAUUUCGCAACACGAGCCUAGGAGUUUUGUGAGUCACGCAUGACAAGUUGCGCUCUGCAGUGUAGUGCAGGUUAGCAAGUGCAGCCGCAUCACAGAUUCAUCUGCUCAUCCUGUUCACAGCAUCACAAAUUCCAAAACACGACUGGAAAUGGCUCUCAUGCGGAUGCGCAUUACAAGCCUUCCUGUCUUUGCAAAUCUGCAUUACAACUCUGGUGUGGGUACGUUUUUACUCAGGAUAGCGGGCCCGGAUGCUGGGGAUGGAACGGUACGCGAUUUCGCUGUCCCAGCACCACUAUCAAAUGUAAAAAUGUCUGGGUCUGGAAGAGUCAUGCUGUUUUUGCAUGACAUAGAAGGUCUGGCAUGAAAGCUGUAGCAUCACAGGUUUCGAGAAGCUUCCGCAAUGCCGAGCCCGCGUGAGAAAUCCCCCACUUUGGUGACCGAGAGUGGGAAGCUUUUGCGACCUAUGCAUGAGAGAUUUUCAUUUUUCUGUGUUCUAAAAUGCGCAUCACUUCCAGACCCAGACAUUUUUACAGUUGAUAACCACAUGGAGCACAUCUUUUUCGACCGGUACCACGCACCGGUCGAGAAGCUGUUCGGCGACCACGGCUCGGUGCUCCAGUGUCUCACGGAUCACAACGCGUGUCUGCCGGACUGCAAGCGGGCGGGUGGGACGAGCGGGUGCGAAUUCGAGGACAAUUUCGUGCACGUGAAUGUGUGGGACCUACCCGAGCAGGAACCGGCAUUCUGGCCGAGCACGCUGUACUUGUGAGGCGGGCGCCGGAGAGCGUCUGCUGCUGCGGGCGCCGGAGAGCGUCGAACUGGAAGUACUGUGAAUUAGACGGGGAGCACUUGCACCUUUUCAUAUCAAAAUGUUACAAUGCUUUAUGCCACGCAAGAAUAUCAAGAUGGAGAUUGACAAACUAAUCAUUUAUCUAGAUGGUGAUGGCCUAGCGCUAGGGCCAGAGCCCAGACGACGUCGACAAGAAGUAAGUGAAUUUCGAAUGUUGAUGCGGACCGUGUUGCAGAAAGAUGUAAAUUGCGAUGAAUGUAGAAAUCAUAUUUGGUUGGACCCCCAUGCAAUUAUCCGGCUCGUUGAAUCAUCCAUUGUGCUCCGAAACGGCACUAAAAAACAAAGAAAAGCAGGAGCAAGGCCCUUCGGGAGCGGAGAAGAAGCUUCACACCUCAUAAUUUUCUCAAAACUAUCAUUCAUUUUCAUAUACUUAUGUGAAGCUGAAACCCAGUGGGUGUGUGUACACGAGAAAGGCACGAGAGAAACAAAAAAAUAGAUGAGGUGGCUUGUAAACCUUACGUUGAGUUGAGAAAAAGUGUGG